UAUUUUGAGGACCGGGCUGGUGCGACUAUACUACUGCCGGAUGGCAAAUCCGGGAUCUCCGCUCCGAGAGGCUCGUCUGGCAAAAGGGCGCGGAAACCACGGGGGCCCUGAGACUGAGUGGUCCCUGUCCCACUUCUCUCUGGGUGGCGGCGCUGUAGCCAGCGACUCACAGGCGCAGCGAAAGGCAGCCCUCUGCUGUAAGGAGGAAAACUGAGGCCUGGGAGCAGGAACCUGUAGGCAGCGCUGGAGCGUAGCGGGAUAGCAGCUGCAAGCGCGCGUGGGAGGCGGGGGCUCUGGGCGGAACAAAAAUCACAGGAUGUCAGAGGAUGUUUCCCGGGAAGAACUGGGAUAAAGGGUGGGUAUCACUACCUGCCCCCAAGACACUUGAGAUUGGGAUGACGCUGGUGUCAAAGAUCAAGGCUUCCACGCUGAGUUCAGGAAGUUAGUUUGAUGCAGCAGGUCAUAGGUCACACCAGUGAGAAGACUCUAGGGGAGUCCCAAACCCAGGAAGUCCAGUCCUUUGGGAGGUUUGAAGCUUCUUUUAGCAAGAACUCCAUCAAUUAGAGUUCAAGGAGAUAGUAUGUCGUAGGGGUCAAAGGCAGGCAAGGAGAGCCUCUGGCGAUGUCAAAGGUCAUAGACUUAGGGUGCCCUCUAAGACUGGUAACAGAUGAACAGCUUCACUCAUGCACGCUCCUCUCCUGACUAGAAGGGUCCCAGCACCAUGGAGGACCCGAACCCUGAAGAGAACAUGAAGCAGCAGGAUUCACCCAAGGAGAGAAGUCCCCAGAGCCCAGGAGGCAACAUCUGCCACCUGGGGGCCCCGAAGUGCACCCGCUGCCUCAUCACCUUCGCAGAUUCCAAGUUCCAGGAGCGUCAUAUGAAGCGGGAGCACCCAGCGGACUUCGUGGCCCAGAAGCUGCAGGGGGUCCUCUUCAUCUGCUUCACCUGCGCCCGCUCCUUCCCCUCCUCCAAAGCCCUGAUCACCCACCAGCGCAGCCACGGUCCAGCCGCCAAGCCCACCCCGCCGGUUGCAACCACUACUGCCCAGCCCACCUUCCCUUGUCCUGACUGUGGCAAGACCUUUGGGCAGGCUGCUUCUCUGAGGCGGCACCGUCAGAUGCAUGAGGUCCGUGCCCCUCCCGGCACCUUCGCCUGCACAGAGUGUGGUCAGGACUUUGCUCAGGAAGCAGGGCUGCAUCAACACUACAUUCGGCAUGCCCGGGGGGAACUCUGAGUGCAGCUUAAGCCUCUCCACGGUGACAGGUGGCUCUGUGGCCGGUAGGACUCACCCAUGAUACGGGGUGCAGGAACUCUGAGGGCCCUGAAGGAUUUGCUUCCCUCCCCUGGGAAGGCAGAGGCCUCUUAAUAAAGAGGACCCAGAAGAUUCUCAUUUAGAGCUUCAGUCUUUGGAGGACACAGGGCCUUCGUGAGACAGUGAAAUCAGACAGUAACGAGAUCUUUUGUUUAAGAAAAAAAUGGGAAGGGAGUGCGGGAGAGAAAUGGUUUGUGUCUCCCUAUUCCCAGUUAAAUACCUAGCUGCAGAUUGUGCCAUCACCCUUCAUUCUUCCCAGAUGGAUACCAUGGGCUAUGGGAGCAAAUUGCCCUGGACCUUUGCCUGAAUGAGGGCAGGGAAGGUGAGGUGUUGCUGGCCUGUAAUGCCACCAGAUGAGUUCCAGAUGUGGAGCAACUUGGGCUUUUGGGGAUGGGGCAGCAAAGUUGGGAGCUGGACCCCAAUUGAGUGGGGGUGGCAAUUGGAGUCCUUGUGUCUCUUUCCCACCCCCUGCCAUCCUCACUCAGAGGGGCCAUGGCACUAGAUGGCACUAGUCCCCCGAUAAUUUAUGUCUCGUUUAAAUAAUUUUGUAUAUCAUUCUAGUCAUGAAAUAUUUUUUUCAUAUGUGUAGGUGAAAUGGUAUGAAUAAGCUAACAGGAAUAGUAUCUAAAAACAGAAAACAUUCAUAUUAAAAUGUCUAAACAGGGAGCUCUGGCUUUUGAGUGGGAAUUUCCAGAGAACAUAAGGGUGUGGGCAGGUGGGGAGCUCAGGCCAGAGUUGGCCUCGCUUUGUGGGGAAACUGGUUUGGAAUCAAACAGAGAUACCUUCUGUUUCGGGUUUUAUUUGGCCAACACUGGGAGAUUUCCCAUUAAGAUCCUAUUUUCAGCCCUCUUGAAAGGCCCAACCUAGGCUGACAUUGUCAGCAGGGGCAGGACAGAAGCUACAACAGGCUGGAGGGAGCAGUGGAUGUCACCCUCAACUGGAGAUGAGUCCCACCAGGCCAGUUUUACCCCCUUAGUUACCUGCCCUGCACCUGCAGACAACGGUCGAUGCCUUGCAUAUAAUACUUAUAGACUGUUUAUGUUGAGGGAUGUUUUUAAAGCCCACAGGUGAGGUGGAUGUGGUAGACUGAUCACUGUCUCUGUUUUUAGCUAGGCACAUGGUAGCUGAAAGGACUGCAUUUCCCAGAUUCCUUUGCAGCUAGAUGUGGCCUUGUGACUGAUUUCUGGCUAAAUUCCUGGGUAGAAUAGUCAAGCUUAAGAAAGGGACGGCUGGGCACAGUGGCUCACGCCUGUAAUCCCAGCACUUUGUGAGGCUGAGGCUGGUGGAUCACCUGAGGUCAGGAGUUUGAGACUAGCCUGGCCAACAUGGUGAAACCCUGUCUCUACUAAAAAUACAAAAAUUAGCCGGGUGUGGUGGCAUACGCCUGUAAUCCCAGCUACUUGGGAGGCUGAGGCAGGAGAAUUGCUUGAACCUGGGAGACAGGUUGCAGUGAGCCAAGAUCGUGCCAUUGCACUUCAGCCUGGGUGACAGAGCGAGACUCUGUUUAAAAAAAAAGAAAAGAAAGGGACAUACCUUUUUUCCACCUUCCUAACUGUAAUACGGAAAUGGUAUCCAGCCAUCUCAGACCAUAAGGACAAGAGCAACACGUGGGAUGGCAGAGCAACAAGAUAGCAGGAGCCUGGGUCUCUUGUCAAUUUCAGGGAGCACAGCCACCAUACCAGCCCACUUCCAUAUUGCUACCUAAGAAAGAAAGAAACUUCUAUCUUAUUUAAGCCACCAUUAUUUUGGGUCUCUGUCACAUGCAACAGAAUUUACAGCCUAAGACAGGGGUCUGCAAACUAUGGCCAACUCUAGCCUGCUGCCUGGUUUUGCAAAUAAAAUUUUAUUUAAACAGUU